AUGGUUAAUGCGGCAACGAUAGAAUUAUUCUAUUUCCUCAUGAAGAGAUCUGGAAACGUGGAAUCUGAAGAACCCUUGACGGCACUUAACAUAACACUUGGUGCUAUUGAAGGCGAGCUACCAAUGGCAGCUCAUUCACUUCAUGAUGUUGUGAUGAGACAUGGGCCACAGCUCGAGCAACAAUUUAAUCGCCUCAGCGCUCAGCCGACAGCACUGAGCAAUCCAGUCAUGAUUCCGGAUAUCUCUCUUCCCGUACUACCUGUGGUUGAGCCGGGUGCGCCAGCUCCUUGGCAUCAAAAAGCAGAUCCAACGAAAGCGAUGAGACCGCGUGCACCCGUAGCAAAAGUGAAAUUCAACUUUGAAACGUCGAGUAUCGAACUGAGGGCAAGACUGCUACCUAGUUUGCUUGCACGCUAUAGACUAAAUAGAGCAUCGAGCAGUGGAGUAACUGGGGAUGCUGCAAAAUGGACUGCUGGAAUUGACAGCCACCACGCCGAGUUUUGCGUUUCAUCUGCUGGGAAACCAAUGGACACAUUCACCUUAGCUUUGCCCGCUAUAGCAGUAAACGGGGAGUACACAAUUGAUAAAGGAGAUGCAGCUCCAGCAACGAGCAAAACGCUGUUAUACAGGGAAGGGGGCUACUUGAAAAUGAGCGUCACGCUGGGUCAAGUGAACCAUUCUUUUACUACGGAUUUGUUGAAUCAAAUCCUUUUUGCUGAGCAAUCAUUUCGCACCGAAUUGUCUGCACUGGUCAGUCGCCUUAAAGCUGAACGAAUCGGCUGGUCUCCUGCUGCUGCGCAGUCUACCUUGAUGGACAAACAACCUCCUUUGCUCUUUUUUCUGACGGUGAAAGGACAAGGAGUUCCAUGGCUUCAGUUGACAGCAGCCACACCCACUGCUACAGCUGUUCGCUUCACCAUAGAAAGCUUGGAUGCGGAGUUGACCAAUCGUUGGGUAGUGAAGGAGCAGGGCUCAGCUAAGGAACGUCUAUUUGGAGCUGCUGCAGUACAGUUCAAUGCAAAACUCGGACAGCUGGUGAAAGUGGCUCAGUAUGAAGAACUACAACCUGAACUGCAAGAAUACGCCACUUUUAUGACCCAGGUACGCGUUGAAAACAAGGAAAGUUCUUCACAUCAGUCAUACUCCUACCACAUAGCGCUAAACCGCCCAAUUCUGCUAGUUAAAUCAAGUGCUAUUGACAAGGAAGGUCGGAGCAGUCCUAGUCAACUCCAGAAACCAGCGGUGAAGUGCAGGCAUAAGAGGGAAGAUGUAUGCGUACAAGCAGUGGCAUAA